CAGCCAUGCCCCCUCUACGGACAAGAUUUGCCAGCGCCGACGAGUCUCUCUACGAGCAAUGUUUUCCAGGCCGCCACAAGCUCGCUCAAUUCACAGCUUGCAGGGACUCUGAACGGGACGAGUAAUGCGACCUCGCUCUUCGGCACGCUGGACACCGAGGCGACGGCCUUCUCGGUGGAGUUCUUCUCGCUCAGCGAGGACGACCCAUUGUUCACAUACCAUUACACACCCUCUCUGUUCAGCCAGAACAACACUGGAGUGGCGUGGGUGAACUCAGACUCAGUGUACCGGAUUGGGAGCGUGUCCAAGCUGUGGACAGUCUACCUGUAUCUCAUCACGGCCGGGGAUGGGUCCUGGAAUGAUCCCAUCACCAAAUACGUCCCCGAGCUAGAGGCGAUCGCAAAGACACAAAAGUCGGACCCAGUGAACAAUGUGAACUGGAACUCCAUCACCAUCGGCGCGCUGGCCAGUCAGUUGGCCGGCAUUGGUCGAGAUGCUGUGUACUCGCCCCAGUUGGCGUCCACGCUGGAGCUGCUGGGGAUUCCGAACCAGGGCGGCAACAAUCACUCUACAUGUGGCUCUUUGUCCCUGGAUAUUAUGACCCCGUGUAACCGAUCACAGUUCUUCACCGACUAUCCAACACAGCACCCCGUCGUGUCCGCCUUCCAGACCCCAAUCUACUCCAAUGCAGCGUACCAGAUCUUAUCUUACGCCAUCGAGAACAUCACAGGCCAGACCAUGGAGGCCAUCUUCGACCAGCACCUGGUCGCAGACCUCAACCUCACCUCCACCUCCUACGCCGCGCCCAACACGACCACCAACGCCGUGAUUCCCCCUUUCGACACCACCAUCAGCUGGUUUAGCGCCGACCUACACGACGAGACCCCGGCAGGCGGCUACUACAGCAGCAUCAACGACAUACGCGCCAUAAGCAAAGCCAUGCUCAGCUCAGCCCAGCUCGACCCGGCCGUCACGCGGCGGUGGAUGAAGCCACACUCGCUCCUCUCCAACCCAGACGCCAUGGUCGGCGCCCCCUGGGAGCUGCAGCGCGCCCCAGGCAGCCCUUACCUGAUGAUGAUGACCAAAUCCGGCGACGUGGGCAUCUACGCGUCCUACGUCGUGCUCGUUCCGGAGCUCGAGGUGGGCUUCACCGUGCUGACGGCCGGCGCCGGGUAUCAGGCGAACGUGGAGAUCCUGGCGGACGUGCUGGCGGCGGUGCUGGUGCCGGCCGCACGGGCUGCCGCCAGGGACGAGGCCAAGGCCAAGUACGAGGGCGUCUAU